GUAACCGUCUGUUUCAACUCCCAGCCGGACAGAAUUUUUGUUUUGUUUUGUUUUUUUUUUGUUUUUGUUUUUGUUUUUGUUUGUUUAACCACGCCUACACAGUGGCUGCCAAGGUUUACCCAUGAGUUAAACCUUCUUUAGUUGGUAAUGAGGAAGGCGUGGGCUCUAGCAGUGGACACCCGAAGGCAGCAGUGGGUGAAAACAAGCAAAAUAAAGAAAAGUUUGGCUGUGAGAAGGUGCUAGACAGCCAGCCAUAGUGAUGAGGAGGCAGGAAGGUAGAUCAUCACCACAGGGAAGGUCCUGUGGAAAGCGGUGAGAAUAGGGGUGUGGAAGCCUUAGGGGCCUUGACGGCAGGACUGGAUGACUGAUUCUGUCUGAUGCCUGAACCCAACACUGCCCCAGACACCUCAUUCCUUAUCCAUUGGCACCCAUGGCCUCUCUCCACUCUCCCUCACUCCACCACCACCACACAGCUCGCCCACGUUGCUGUGAAGGAAGGAAGGAGCCAACCAGCCAGCCAGCCAGUCAGCCAGCUAGACAGCGACCACCAUGGCCGGGGCUAACAAGCGGACAAGGGGGAUGCUGAUGGUGUUGGGUUUGCUCUUCAUCGCCACCAUCGUCAUCAUCUGUCUGACGUAUGACAGUGACCAGCCACAGCAAAGUUUCAAGAGCAGGCCCCUUUCAUGGGAUGUGUUGACCAACACUGCUCCACCAACCACCACCACUACCACUACCACUACCAGCACCACCACUACCACCACCACCACUUCCACCCCUCCCACCACCACCACCACCACUCCCACCACCACCACCACCACCACCACUCCUGCCACCACCACCACUCCCACCACCACCACUACUCCCUCCACCACCACUACAGAUGUUCCUUCCACUAGUAGGGAACCAUCUCCAUCCACACCUCCAUCCCCACCAACAAGUGCCAUUACUACCACUCCUGAUUCACCACCACCUCUAACAAGCACAACCACAACUCAGUCACCACAACCACAGCCUGAUGAGUCAAGAACAACCACACAAAUAUCUACCACUACUCCUCCAACACCCUCUCCAACAACUAUGACACCUGAGUCUAGCAGCAUCACAGAGUCAUCACCCUUGUCCACCCAAGAGUCCACCAACACUACCUCUGAAGCAACAACACCCACAACAGAACCUUAUGACAAAACAUCAACCAUCACUGCCAACACUUCUGAGUCCACCACAGGUUCCCCCUCAUGCACAUCACCAGCACCAAUCCCUUAUCCUCAACCUACUGCUUCAAAAUGUAAGUGACAGUCCAAUUUUCAGUGCAAGAGUAUUUU